UGGGAGGUUGUAGGUUGCGAGUGUAUCGAUCCUGUGCCGAUGAUCGAUGAAGACGAUGAACUUGAUAUCCUGCGGGUCAGAGAUACGGCCACGUGUGGGACAUACAUAUUUGACCUCGGGAAGCGUUCGCCCCAAGGCUCCGAUUAUUGCAGAGCGGUGCUUUUUGCCAGACAACAGUUGCUCCAGGAGAUUGUGAAGAACAGUUACAACAUUUUACUUUUGGAAAGCUGGACACUAAUCCUUUAUCGCAAAGGAAAGUCGCAUCGUAUAGAAGUGCAAUAUGCGGGGCGACCGGCACACGUGUCAGGUAAAGCGCCACCGUUUCGCCCUCCACCGUUCAUGGCCGUCUUGGAGUCGCAGCAUCUUUUUUCGUAA